AUCAAAGUUCAAGAAAGUGGUUCGGUUUUCGUCGUUGUACAGCUUUCCUUCUCCGUCACUGAGUUAUUCAAAUCCUAAAUUGUUUACAUUUAGGUAGGUUACUUGGCUACUUCGUUCGCACAGGUAAUCACUUUACAAUAACGAUCAUUGAGAGUCUUAAUGUUAACAGCAAGAAAAGAACCAAAACAAUAGCGGUUUACCACGAAGCGAGGAAACAAUAAAACCUUUGUAUCUCGAGUAGUCACUCAAAUCUCCAGUCGUUUCAUUGGCCACAGCCAUAUGAAACGGAAACAAUUUCGCAUACGUUAAUUCAUCAUUAUUUUAUAUUUUGGUUGAUGGCGGUAUCCAUCACGAAUCUUCCUAGCAGGUCGUUAUGACUGACAAGUAAAGACUGCGUGUAAAUUUUCGAGGCAGGAUUCGAUAUGGCUGGUCCAAAGUCUUCUCUGACUUUUUCCUCGCUCCAAAAAUACACGCGGAAACGACAGCUGUAUGCAAAAAACGGAUUUUACAUCGCGAUUAACGCAACUGGCGAGGUGACAGGCACUAGCGACGAAAGCUGUUUAAACGCGGUUUUGCAGUUUCUCUCUAUUGGACCUGACCUCAUCGCCAUCUGGGGACUGAAGGCUAAAAAAUAUCUGGCAGUAGACAACAAAGGGAAAAUCUUUGCUACGGAAGCUGAGAGAAAAGAAUGCGUAUUUCGAGAGUUCUUUGGAAAAAACUUUUACAAUAUUUUUCGCACGUGUCACUCAGACGCAGACGGUAAGGGUUGGUACCUAUCCGUGGACGAGAAUGGCAGAAUAACCGCUGAGAAAGUUUCUUACAGUGAUGAGCCGAGACUUCAUUUUAUCGUUAAAACACUCAAGGAUCAAGAAGAGAGUGAAGUUAAGGAAAAAGAUCCUGCUGACACGUUGAAAAGCCAAAAUAGCAACAAGAGAUGUGAUAAGAAAACUGCUAAGGACUUUGGGCUUCCCUCCUCAGAAAUCGUGUGGAUCAUGCAGCAACCUUACCAUUUUGAGGGUAGCAUGUCAAGCACGCCCAGUCCCCCAAGCUCUUCGUGUGUUUCUGGCAGUUCGGCUUCCACUGGAGAAUGGACUGGAUCGGGCGAAUACUCCACCUCGGUAUGAUUAGUGGUGACGAGAAGUACAGCUCGUUUCAUAAUCGAGUAGGAGAAAAUUUAACUGAGUGGUUAAAUGACAGUGUGGCUGAGCUUUGAAUGGGGGAAUUGACCUCACGAAACACUAGUAUUUCACUCAGAAAAUGUUAUGUACGAAUGGGGCUUAUUUUAUAUACCCUGGAACAGGGAAAACUUAGAACUGGACAGAAAAAAUGUCAUCUUAUGAUAACGUUGCACAGGAACCCCAUGUAACUUUAUUGAAUUAGCUCCUUCGUUUUCAAACCCCCAGUUAUUCUGAUAAUCAUCAAAAUGUUGAAUGAAAGAAAUUCCUUGCUAGUCUUAAUAUAAGAACUUGACUACGUCAAAAAAGUAAAUUAUUACUCCGUUUUCUUCCGUUAUAUCACUGAGUUAUAUUUCGAAAGUUUUAUCGUUCUAAUAAGGGCGGAGAAAGGUAAUGACAAAACAGUUUUCCUUAACUAAUAUGGAGGAUUGAUUUCUUUGCUUAGAUCGCUCAGUUUCUAACAUACUUUAGUCUGCUAACAGAAGCUUGGAAGCAGAAACUUAUCACCGGGCAAUAAUUAAUGAAUUGGUAGCCUGAUAAAUAUUUAUAUAGUGUAUUUAAGAAUCUUUGAAUUAUUUGAACAGUCGACGGUAUUCAGAUAUGUAUAUUUUUAGCUCUAAAAUCAGAAGGAAUGUUUUAAUCCUUGUGACUCAGUUAUAUGAAAAUAUAAUCAUCGUGAUUGACUUACAA